UAAAAAGAGCCUUCACGUAUACUUCGGUGCAAACCAAGAAGUUGAAGCCCUUUCAAUAACAAUGACUUCGUGUGAUCUGGGUGACCGGAGCUCCGAUAUCCGGGAACCCUUCAUCUCCACCGCGAAGUUAUCCACGGUGGAGAACAAAAAGGAGAAGCUAUGCAUAGACGACAUGCUCCAAAAGUAUUGCGGCGAGUUCGGGCCGUGGCAGCGUUGGCACUUCGUGCUGACCAGUUUGGCUUGGGCUCUCGAGGCGUUUCACACCAUGGUCAUGAUCUUUGCGGACCGUGAACCAAGUUGGAGGUGUCUUGACGGCCAUUCGGGCUGUGAUCCGACAGCCCCGAGCGUCUGUGGGUUUGCUCCGGGCUCGUGGGAGUGGCUGGGCGGUCCGGUGAGCUCGACGGUGGCGGAAUGGGGUCUGGUUUGUGAAGAGAAGUAUAAGGUCGGGUUGGCGCAGGCCUUGUUCUUCGGCGGCUGUAUGAUUGGUGCUGGAGUUUUUGGUCAUUUUUCAGACUCAUUCCUUGGAAGAAAAGGCUCUUUAACGGCAGUAUGCUUAUUAAACACCAUCUUUGGUGUCUUAACGGCAUUCUCCCCAAACUACUGGGGGUACGUCCUCCUCCGUCUCCUCACCGGCUUCAGCACUGGCGGCGUCGGACUCUGCGCUUUUGUCCUCGCAACCGAGCCUGUAGGCCCCACAAAGCGUGGGGCGGCAGGAAUGUCCACAUUCUACUUCUUCUCAACCGGCAUCGCAUUGCUUGCAGGCAUAGCUUUCAUUUACCCAUCAUGGCGUGAACUCUACAUUGCCUCCUCGAUCCCCUCCUUCCUCUUCCUCGUCGCAGUCCUUCCCUUCCUCUCAGAGUCUCCGAGGUGGUACCUUGUACGAGGCAAAGUAAACGAGGCCACAAAACUCAUGCGUGCUAUUGCCAAGUCAAAUGGAAACCACCUCCCCAGUGGAGUUGUCCUAUCCCUAGACGAAGAUGCAAACGAUACAGAUCACCACCAUGAAACUUGCGUGAGCUCCAACGACAAAGAAGCCAUAAGUGGUUCCCUCAUUGAUGUGAUUAAGUCACCAACGACUAGAAUUCGGUUGUUUCUAGCGGUUACAAUAACCUUCUUGUGCUCCGUUGUGUACUACGGCCUGAGCUUGAACGUUGUCAACCUCGACACCAACCUCUACCUCAAUGUACUGCUCAAUGCGGUGGCAGAAAUGCCAGCAUUUGCAAUCACGGCGAUAUUGCUUGAUAGGUACGGAAGGAAGCCACUGGCCAUUGGAACGCUGUGGUUUAGUGGAAUUUUCUGCUUUGUUGGGAGCUUGAUGAAGAGCGUUGGGAUUUGGAAAGUUGUGAGAAUGGUGUGUGGGAUUUUAGGGAUAUUUGGAAUGGCGGGGACUUAUAAUUUGUUGUUUAUUUACACGACUGAGUUGUUUCCUACCGUGGUUAGGAAUGCGGCUCUUGGUUGUGCGACACAGGCGGCGCAAAUGGGAGCUAUUCUUGCACCAUUCGUGGUGGUUUUGGGGGGCGGUUUACCAUUUUCUGUGUUUGCAGCUUGUGGGAUUGCGGGGGGAGUGUUUGCAUUUUAUCUACCGGAGACGUUGAAUAGGCCUUUGUAUGAUACGAUGGCUGGGAUGGAGGAUGGGGAGAGUACUCCUAGCACUGCUACUAUUUGUACAAGUACUGUAUGAAACUUAGGAUGUUCAGUUAAGAAAUAGAAUAAUAAUACUCUUAAGAUUCACCUACAUAAUUUUCUUUCUUCCUAUAUAUCUUUCCAGUUCUGAUUUUGACAUAUCGGUGUAUGCGCUUGUUGAGCCAUAAAUUCAGGUAUUAUGUUACAUUACAAUCAUAAAGUAAUUAACCCCAAUUUUCAGAA